AUGGUUAUAAUGAAUUAUAGGGAAUCAUUUGUUUUAAGGUUGAAGGGUAUAUUGCUCGACGCACUCGACGUGCUCGUUGAAGAGACUGCCGAGCAUAUUUUCUGGCAAUGCAGCAAUAUUCAGCCUAUAUGGCGGGAGUUCUUUCAGUGGUUUAAGUUCGAUGAUUUCUCUUACGAUAUACACAGUUUUUUUGUGGCUGCGUGGAACCGCGACACCAGCUCGCAUGUGCGAACUUUUUGGAAAACUGGUAUUAUCACUCUUAUCUGGGCGAUCUGGACUCUCCGUAAUGCUUGCAUCUUCAAAUACAAAAUUUUCUACGCCAAACAUCUUCUUCAGAUUGUGCGGGUCGCUUUCAAAGAGGUUGAGGGUAGUUUUACAAAGAUUGGCCAUAUGAGCAACACUUGGUCGGACUAUUUGAUCCUUCGAGCUAUUGACGUCACCACUAGAGCUGCUCCUCCUCCGGAUAUGAUUAAUGUUCAUUGGUGGCCACCGGUCUCGCACUGGAUUAAAGUUAAUACGGAUGGCUCUGCUUCGGGAGCCCCGGGAAAGAUUGCUGCUGGAGGUGUCUUUCGUGAUAAUGUUGGUUGGGUUCGUGGCUGUUUUCACUAUAAGGGUGGUACUGGCUUUGCGUUUGAAGCUGAGCUACUCGCGGUUAUUAUGGCAAUUCAGAUUGCUCAUAGUCGUGGUUGGUUUGCUCUCUGGGUCGAGUCUGAUUCCACCUAUAUAGUUAAUCUCCUUAACACACGUUCUAAUAUUGUUCCUUGGAGAUUUAUUGCUUCUUGGAAUAAGAUUCUCGUGAUUCUUCAAGACUUCAACAUUCAGAUAUCUCAUAUUUAUCGAGAGGGUAAUGUUCCGGCUGAUAUUAUGGCGAAUGAGAAUAUGACGGAGGGGUGGUGGCCGCAUGAAGUGGAGGAGAUUAAGAAGGCGGUUAGGUUGGAUAUGGCUUGUCAUAGCCACGUUAGAUGGAAAACGAGAUGA